AUGCACUGCUUGCUGCAGAGUUCCGAUCGGAAGACGUCUCGUCUCGUGACCACACUCGCGCCAGGCGUGGGUCAGGGCGUUCUCGCCCCAAGAGUCACCACGGCGGUGAUCGGAACCGGCAAGGUGGCCCCGACGGAGACGGAAGGUGGAGGCACGGCGGGGUCCGAUGCCCCGCGGGACAGGUUUCAAGCGGUGUGGAUCAUCUUCUUCUUCUUGGGUCUGGGCACGCUCCUUCCCUGGAGCUUCUUCAUCACAGCCGAGGAGUAUUUCAAGAGUCGUCUGGCCGAGGGGUACUUGAGUUCGAACGCCUCGGGACAGCCGGGGGUCCAGGGGAACGCGAGCGAGGUGGGGGGGCACCACCCCGCGGACAGCUCCCUGGAGCGCAACUUCAACAGCGUCCUCACGCUGUGCUCCAUGCUGCCCAUGCUGCUCUUCACGUGCCUCAACUCCGUGCUCCACCGGCGGAUCCCCGAGCGCGUGCGCAUGCUGGGCAGCCUUGUGGUCAUCCUCGUCUUCUUCGUGCUCACCACGGCGCUGGUGCACGUGCACGCGCUCAGCCACCAGCCAUCCACCUUCUUCGCCAUCAUCAUGGUGACCGCAUUCCUCAUCAACUCUUUUGUUGCGGUGCUGCAAGGCAGCAUCUUCGGCCUGGUGGGGCUGCUGCCACUGAACUACGCUGUACCUGUCAUGAGCGGACAGGGCAUGGCCGGGACCUUCGCCGCCAUGGCGAUGAUCUUCUCUCUGUUGCAACAGAACGACCACAGCCACAGUGCCUUUGGCUACUUCAUCACGGCGUGCGUCACCGUCUUCAUCACCAUCAUCGCCUACCUCGUCAUGCCCAAACUCGUACGUUGCCCUCACCACCGCCAUCAGAACUUUUUCUACCAUAACUUUGCAAAGUUUUAUUUUUCGAAGAGGGGUCGAGGCCAUGAGGCGGAGGAGCCAGGGGUGCGGGAGUACAUCGUAGCUGAAACCUUUCCUAUCUCCACCUGCGCAGAGGGCAACAAGCGGCCGGACGGGGAGGGCCCCGAGUUUGAGUUGGAUGCAAAACCCGAACCCAAGAUCAUGGAACCAGACUCUGUGCUCUCAAUCUUAAAACAGAUCUGGAUGCCGGCGCUGUGCGUGUGCCUCACCUUCACCAUCACGCUCGGCGUGUAUCCCGCCAUCACCGCCGACGUCGUCAGCACCAACGCCACCCCGGGGAGCCGAUGGGGUGAGCGCCAUACUUCACCAUUCCGUGUCCCUGUGUGUUCACACGUUUCUACCCGUGUCUCCUCCCCGUGUCUCUCUCCAGAAAUCCUCUUCAUCCCCGUCUCGUGCUUCCUGCUCUUCAACCUCCUCGACUGGGCGGGACGAACCCUCGCUGCAUUCGUGAAUUUUCCAAGCAGGGGGAGCCUGUGGCUGCUGCUGCUGCUCGUGUGCGCGCGCGCCGCCUUUGUGCCGCUCUUCAUGAUGUGCAACGUCCACCCUCGCGGCGCCGCCGCGCUGCCGGUGCUCUUCCCGCACGACGCCGUCUUCAUCGUCCUCAUACUCCUCUUCGCCUUCAGCAACGGAUACCUCGCCACGCUCGCCAUGUGCUACGGGCCCAAGAAGGUGUCUGGCCACAAUGCCGAGACGGCCGGUGCCAUCAUGGCCUUCUUCCUGUCGCUCGGCCUGUCGCUUGGCGCUUCCGUCUCCUUCCUCUUCCGCUCCCUCGUCUGAUCGCCGCUGCCGUGGGCAUCGUCGAGCGAUGGAGCCGGGCGGAGCACGGCGGUGGACGCAUGCUCCUUAAUUGGGCUCACGAACCCGUCUGUGCAGACCUCUCAAUUGUUAUCGCCCUCCGGGGGGCCUUUGGGGCCUCGGUGAGGCGCCACUGGAUGAAUAUCGACACGGUCGUCACCGUUCCUCGCUCUCCUCGUCACCAUCAAUUUGUUGUCAUCGUCAUUAAUCAGUCAUCAUCAACAACGUUGUCAUCAAUCAGUCGGAGCUAAGUAUGAGUCUUCAUUAAGUGCCAUCACCUCGUUGUCGGUCGUCGUCACGACCUUCGCCACCGCACGGCUGUGGCAGUGUCGGGGCUGGAGGGACGCGUGGUUGAGUUGCUGGAGGGACGUGUGGUUGAGUGACUGGAGGGACGCGUGGUUGAGUGGCUGGAGGGACGUCUGGUUGAGUGGCUGGAGGGACGUGUGGUUGAGUAGCUGGAGGGACGCGUGGUUGAGUGGCUGGAGGGACGUCUGGUUGAGUGGCAGGAGGGACGUGUGGUUGAGUGGCUUAAAAGACGUGUGGUUGAGUGGCUGGAGGGACGCGUGGUUGAGUGGCUGGAGGGAUGUGUGGUUGAGUGGCUGGAGGGACGCGUGGUUGAGUGGCUGGAGGGACGCGUGGUUGAGUGGCUGGAGGGACGCGUGGUUGAGUUGCUGGAGGGACGCGUGGUUGAGUGACUGGAGGGACGCGUGGUUAAAUGGCUGGAGGGACGUGUGGUUGAAUGGCUUAAAAAACGUGUGGUUGAGUGGCUGGAGGGACGCGUGGUUGAGUUGCUGGAGGGACGCGUGGUUGAGUGGCUGGAGGGACGCAUGGUUGAGUGGCUGAAGGGACGCGUGGUUGAGUGGCUGGAGGGACGCGUGGUUGAGUUGCUGGAGGGACGCGUGGUUGAGUGGCUGGAGGAUCGUGUGGUUGAGU